CCCUACAGGAGAGGGCAGGGAGCAUCUCCUGCAGGCUUCUGAAGUUGCCAGUCUCAGGGACUGGUGUUAGUACCCUCACAUUACAAUAUGGCAGAAAGCACAAGGAUGACACCAUGGCUUACUAGACACACAGUUUUUCUGUGAAAUACACAUCAGUGGAUACAUACUUAGCCAGAGGACACUCGGAUAUGAUUGUGUGACAUGGAUAUGUUUCAUGAUGCGCUGGCCAGGACGCUAGCAUGUUGGGAAAUACCUGCAUGUUCUGUGAUUGUGGAGUUGUUAUUACAGUAAAUAUUGUGGCCAGGUGGACAUACAAUGAGUGAAAACAAUGAGCAAACCAGAUCCCAAGACCAAACAGAUCUCAAUUGGGAAGAAGAAAUUCAAUAUGGACCCCAAGAAGGGUAUCGAGUACCUGAUUGAGCACAGCCUUCUACAAGACACAGCCGAUGAUGUGGCCCGCUUCUUGUUCCAAGGGGAAGGCCUCAACAAGACAGCCAUCGGAGACUACCUGGGAGAGAGGAAUGAGUUCAAUGUGGAUGUCCUGAAGGCGUUUGUCAACCUACACGAAUUCUCAGACAUGAUUCUGGUACAGGCUCUCAGACAGUUCCUGUGGAGUUUCCGCCUUCCAGGCGAAGCCCAGAAGAUUGAUCGGAUGAUGGAAUGUUUUGCCGAGCGAUACUGCGAGAUGAAUCAAGGCGUCUUCACCAGCACUGACACAUGCUAUGUGCUGUCCUUCGCUAUCAUCAUGCUGAACACCAGCUUACACAACCCCAGUGUCAAGGACAAACCCACAGCCGAGAGAUUCAUUCAGAUGAAUCGGGGCAUCAACGAUGGCGGGGACCUGCCAGAAGACUUACUUGUUAGUUUGUACGACAACAUCAAGAAGGAGCCAUUCAAGAUCCCAGAAGAUGAUGGGAAUGAUUUGAUGCACACGUUCUUCAACCCAGUCAAGGAGGGCUGGCUGUGGAAGCAAGGUACGGCUAAGCUGAGUGGUCGCUACAAGAAUUGGAAGAGGCGUUGGUUUAUCCUGAAUGACAAUUGCCUGUACUACUUCCAGUAUACUACGGACAAGGAACCAAAAGGUAUCAUCCCCUUGGAGAACAUCCAGGUACGAGAGGUACCCCAGGAUAAAGCCAACAAGCCCAACUGCUUCGAACUCUACUCAGGGGGCAACGACAUUAUCAAGGCUUGUAAAGUUGAUGGUGAUGGUAAAGUGGUGGAAGGUCGUCACACUGUAUACCGCAUGUCUGCCAGCAACACCGAGGAGAAGGAGGAAUGGAUCCGAUGCAUCAAGAUGAGUAUUAACGACAAUCCCUUCUACGAUAUGUUGGCUGCCCGACGUAAGAAUGCCACUGGGACAAUUUCAUCCAGGAAGUAGUCUGGCCAGUCCGACGCGCCAGCACAUCGCAGGAAGACAAGACUUGUAACCCUGGAGUCAUGGAUGUUUGGUUUUAAACUUCAUUCCUUACAUCUACUCCAGUUCAGGAGAAAAAAUAUUGAUCAUAUUCUUAUGGCUUGCUAUUGAAAUGGUGUUAUUAUGUGCAGUCAAAUUGUGUAGAAGUAAUGUGUAGGUAACACCUCAGUCUUCCCAAAAUGAUUUUACUUGCGAUAUAUUCCAGACGUCGGUAUGCAAGAAGAUUUAGCUGACUUAAUGUGGUUAAAUGUUUAUCACAAGAACUUUUAAUCAAAAAUGCUGGAAUGAAAUGAUUGGAAAGACUUUUCACAAAAUCCUGUGUAUAUUGGUGUGAGAGUUUCUCAGCAGAAUAUGAACAUCUGACUGGAUAUGCACUGUGUGGAGCUAGCAGUGUAAACUUGAUUAUAUCAGUCAGGCUGAUGCCUUGAAUGUAUGGAGGAACAUGGGAGAACGUGAAGAGAGGCGCAAGUUCUGGACAUGUUGCUGGACACUGGCAUUGAUGUAGAUUUGUUAUCAUCCUUGAUUGUCCAGUGUACUAUGUCUCCAGUCUAUUAUGAUGAACACCAAGGGUAACUGAGGCUGAUCUGUAGUAUAAUGAACUGAUAUGACAUUGUCAUAUUGAAGAUGUAAUUGUGAGGGAUGAGGAUGCCAGUUAUAUAUGGCAGUGUAAUUCGAGAUUGGGUUACUGCAGCUCUUUGGGUCAUCGCAGCAACCUGCGCUAUGUGACUGGGUACAAAAACAAUAAUAAUAAUAAUAAUAAUAAUGGAUAUUUGCAAGGUGACAAAUCCACCAGCUGAUGCAUGCUGGUAGGUACCGAUGGUGCACCCUGGGUUGACAAGAAGGCUGUGCCGCACUUAACUACAAACAGGUUAACAGGCAGAAUGCAGCAGCUCUGCUUGAAAAACAUAUUUUUUAAUAUUUAAUGUGAAGAACCUGGAACAUACAUCUACAUUGACACAGGAAUUUCCUUAUUUAAAGUCCAGGAGUAUAGUCAGGUUAAGUCAUAUGAUUUCUGGCAGAGAUUUGUGAUGAAUAUGUGUCUAUUUGUUAUUAGUCAAUUGAGUUUGAUUUUGUAGAAAUCGACAUCUGAUAGUGGUUUUUUUGGUUAAACCCGUACCAUAAAGUAUUUGCUGUGUCUGAUAACGAUUGCAUGUUUUUCUUAUCAGGACUUAUCAAGUAGUAAGUUUGUGAAAUUAAGUCAGUGUACCAGUGCAAAUUUUAAUGUGCAAUUUUCCGAGCUGUCAGUCGAGCUGAAUGUUGAAUAUUUCUGCUGUAACUGUAUUGGCAGAUUGUGUCAGAAAUGUGACACUGAUACUCCAAGGAAUGACAGAUAGAGUUUCUCACUUGAAAUAGCGUGGAAGUCCUUUGUUUAUCACUGAUUAAUUGCCAAACACGUAUGAUCUUUCAUAACACAGGAACGGUUAUUCACAAACUGCAAAAUGAUGAAAUUGUUUAUCACUUGUUGUUGUCAAAGCAUACAACCGGACUCUAUGACUGACAGCUGUCCCCAUGGGCGGUUCCAUAUUAGAAUAAGGUUUCCAGCAAUCUAUGCUUGUUCUAUGGGUAAUUUGGCUGAUUGUGUGUCAUCAUACCAAAUGAUGUAGAUUGUUGCUCAUAAUAUCGAUCACCAGAUUGUUGGGUCCGGGCUGCUAUUGUAUCGCUGGAAUAUUGCUAAGCGCGGCAUUACACACACAAACAAAUAUCUAGUGGCUGUGUGCACCAAGUCUGAAAGAUAAUCUCGCAGCUGUUGUAUAGGCAUUGUUCGUCGCCAGCAUGCAUGAAUAAGCUCAUUCAGUGCGCUGUUAGGUAAUAUUGAUCUAAAAGAGGUGACCUAGCCACCUAACACAAUGUCAUGCUCUUACACCAUUCAUCUUUAACAGGAUACAAGUUUUUUACAGACUUGUUUGCUUCUUCUCAUCACAUAAACACUUCCCUGUUUGCGGGAGACAUGUCCAUUUACUUUUCUCAAAGAAGGAUAUAUUAUGUAUAUUACCUUGAACUGUAUAUAAGAACUACUUCUGAAUGGAUGAAAUCAUAUUUCAGUUGUUAUUGGAAUACUUACUAGUAAGCCUAUUGGCAUACAUAAGAUCUAGCUUUCGUUUAAUCAUGUAAAUCCACCUGUCCCAAAUGUACUUAUGUACAUUGUGAAUUAAGUCAUUGUGGUUUGGCCAUGUGCAAUCUGAAAGAAAAUUUAAUUGAUUUUGUGAACAAUCCU